AUGGCUGCCCGCUCCAUUCAGCUAAUCGCAUUGCUUGCAGCGAGCUCUGUGACAGCCGCUCCUACCAUCGAGAGGAACCCGUACAACUUUGUUUUGAGCGAUCCCGUCGGCCAUACCAUCUUCAAUCUCGGGCAUAUUUCGUACCUGGCAGAUACAAAGCAUCCAAAAGCAAUUGCGCGCUGUGCUGCAAUCACAUCUGACCAAUCGACUUCGAUCCCGAUUGCCUUGAUCAAGACGAAUGCGACGCUCAUCACUAAGGAUACAUUGGAAACCAUCGUCUCCACGUACCUCGAAGGCGAUGAUGUAUUCAACCAUGACUUCCUAGAUGGGUUGUACAUUUCAUCGCGGGUGCAGUCGUCCCUUGACGCCUCUGCUGUUGAAUACAUUUCUUCUUUCAACAACACCUGGCUCUUCCUGGAUCCCUUGGUGACUGCAAACACGACGAUCAACAAAGUAGCGCUGGAAUCUUCAGCCGACCUGCCAGUAGGACCUUACCUCGUCUCUGUUGACGGGAGCUCGAUAAGCUUUGCCACCGUUUAUCGCUUAUACCCCGAUACGUACAAGACGUUUUUGUUCGGGGCAUAUAGCGCCAAUGACGGUGAAGACACACACUAUCCUGUUGGCAUGUUCUCACCCAAAUUCCAAGAUCCAUUGAUACCUGUUCCCUCCAGGAUCUAUUCAUGGGACGACCCUCGUCCCCUGGCUGGGUCCCGCGUAGCCAUUAAAGAUCUCUACGACAUCAAAGGACUGCAAACAAGUGCGGGCAGCCAUUCAUGGACGGUCAUUACACCUGUAGCGAACGACACCGCACCUUCAGUGCAACAGAUUCUCAAUCUAGGGGGCGUGGUGGUUGGAAAGCAGAAACUAGCUCAAUUUGCGUCUGGGGCGAAUCCGUGGGAGUGGCAGGACGAGCAGUAUCCGUUCAACCCUAGAGGCGAUGGAUGGCUGACUUGCUCGGCUUCUUCGUCUGGAGGCGGGUGCGCGGUCGCAGCGUAUGAAUGGUUGGAUUAUGCUGUGGGCAGUGAUACAGGAUCUUCUAUGCGAAGACCAGCCGCAGUGGCUGGUGUGUAUGGUCAACGUCCAAGCCAGGGUCUCAUGUCCCUCGAACGCGUUAUUCCUCUUGGCGCUGCAACGGACACGGCAGGUGUCUUCAGUCGCGAUCCUCACAAAUGGGUCAAGUUUGCUAAAGCAUGGUAUGCUCCUCAUUUGUACCAAGAUACAUCCAUUACUGGUCUCUCACCCCUCGUUGUGCCGGACACGGACGCAUUUCCCAAAACAAUCAUCUAUCCCACCGACUACCUGCCGCUGAACAACUCGGCCGCCGAACCGAUCCUGGAAAAGUUUAUCGAAGAAAUGGCACGCGUGUUCGAUAUGCGUGUCAAAAAGGUAAACUUUACUGCUAUUGUCCAAAAUGCUACGGAUCCGAUUGCGAGUAAUUUUACCGUCAUGAACCAAGCAACAAGCACAAUCAACACAUGGAGCUCAUGGCUGGUUGUCGGCAAGCCCUUAAUUACAGCCUGGAAAGACAUGUUCGAGGGCCGUUUCCCACCAAUUGAUCCUGCACGGCGACCCGGAUGGAUAGGGUUCAACGAGAGGGCGACGAACCAAGCGAGCUAUGAUGCAGCUCUCGAGACUAAGAGGCAGGCAGUGGCGUGGUACGAGGACGAGUUCCAGUAUAGCACAGCCGAGUCAUGCUCCGAGUCGGUCAUGCUGUAUGAUAUCGGUACGGGUGGACUGCCUUCGUUCCGCGAGCGCUUGCUUAACGAGUCGCCGGAUGCAUCCUAUCUGGCUGUUCGGCCCGAGGGCGCUGCCGUGACGGGAGCGAGUAUCUGCCCCAUUUUUGGGUGUGCGGAUUUCACGGUUCCUAUUGGACAGGUACCAUACCAGAGCAAUGUCACGUUUCAUGAAGAGAUGGUGCCUGUCACGAUUAACAUGGUAGUGAAGAGGGGCUGUGAUUUUGUUCUGUACAAUAUGAUUGAGAAGAUGGCUGACGAGGGGAUACUGAAGACGGUCAAGACGGGAAGGACGGCGUAUUGA